AUGGGUUCGUGCGGGGUCUACUUGUCUCAACUGCGAGCGAUGCUCGUGAGAAAUCUGUUGCUGAAGAAACGAGAAAAACGAAAGACUACAUCGGAGAUCUUCCUACCCCUCUGCACUUUAGGCAUUCUGAUCGUGGUGAAAGUGUUGCUACCGAAUCCAAAUUAUCCGGCGAUGAUGUCACAGAGGCAGGAGGGCGGUAUAUUCAACACAUUCAACGGAUUGAAGAACAACACGAUUGCUGUUGUCCCGAACUCGACGGAAACUUUGAACUUCUUGAACUCGAUGAAUACCCUAUGGUUAUCGAUGUGGGAUUAUCCUGGCAAACUCCCCUUGAAUUUCAUGGUGUUCGACACGAAGGAUGACCUGCAGGCUGCGUACUGGAGGGACCCGUAUAGUGUACCACUAGCCGUAAUUUUCGAGAAUUCUCAGCCGAUAUCACAGCGUCUUCUGUACGAGAUACGAACUAAUCCGUCGUACACAAGUCCGCCAUCGCCGACCGAAUUGUAUUCCGCCCCAGUUACUUGUCGAAAGGACACCAGCCACUGGAUGGGUGGCGUAUUGUCGAUAGAGACCGGUGGAUCGUGCCCUGUGAACAAUUACCUGCAUUCUGGCUUCUUGGCGUUGCAGUUGAUAAUGGAUAUUACAAAGAUAAGGUUGGACACAGGGAACAGUGACGUAGCUCUGCCGGAUGUUAAGUUGGAAAUGUUCCCGAAGGAAGCCUUCACAGCGAACUGGAUGCUGGCCUUUAGAGUUGUUAUACCUCUAUUUAUGGUACUGGCUAUCUCGCAGUUCGUCACUUACCUUCUGAUCCUGAUAGUUGGUGAAAAGGAGAAAAAGAUCAAGGAAGGAAUGAAGAUGAUGGGCCUGAAAGAUUCGGUGUUUUGGUUGUCGUGGUUCAUUAUCUACAGUGUCUUCGUCUUGCUGCUCUCUGCGGUCGGAGUGAUACUACUUUUUACACUACAGAUGUUCCAGCACACACACUUCUUACCGAUAUUCCUUUUAGUAGUGCUCUACAGUUUCUCCAUAAUCAUGUUCGCUUUCAUGAUAACGCCAUUCUUUGACAAAUCACGGACCGCCGGUGUACUUGGCAAUUUCGCCGUGACGAUAUUGAGCUUGAUGUACUUCAUUCAAGUUUUCGUGAAGGACUCCAGCUCCAUUUACUUUUGGGUGGUGUCUCUUCUCAGCCCGACAGGCGUUGCUUUGGCGAUGGAUAAGGCACUUGUGCUGGAUCUACAAGGCGAAGGAGUCAAUUUCGGUAAUCUUUGGUCCAGUCCUGGUAUACCCUUCGGAGGAAGUCUGAUUAUGAUGACUCUGGACAUCUUUUUGUAUGCCUGCUUAGCCUAUUACUUCGACUCUGUCAUACCCAGCGAGUACGGAAUAAAACGAACACCGUGGUUCUGUUUGACACGGAGUUUUUGGUGCCAGAGGAAGGCUCCACGGGUUCCGUCGUCCAAUGGCGAGUCAAACUCCUUCAUACCGGGCGAGGAAACGAACCGCGACAUCGAGCCGAUGGUGAGGGAGAUGAAAGGUCGCGAGGCCAUUAGGAUAGUCGACCUUUACAAGUCCUACCAGAAGUGUCGCAAGCCAGAGAUCAAGGCUGUGAAUGGCAUCAACCUAACGAUCUACGAGGGACAAAUCACAGCGAUACUUGGCCACAACGGGGCCGGGAAGACAAGUCUGUUCAACAUACUCACCGGCUUGACCGCGCCAACCGCUGGCACCGCUUUGAUUUUCGGCUACGAUAUUCGCGAUUCCACUGAUAUGCAGGUGAUCCGUAGCAUGACAGGCGUUUGCCCGCAACACGAUAUUCUGUUCGAUCUUCUGACACCACGGGAACACCUUGAGUUCUUCGCGGCUGUACGGGGCAUUCCGAGGGCAACGAUAGAUCAUGAGGUGAAGAAAACAUUGAAGGAUAUCGAUUUGUCGGAGAAAGCGGACACUUUUGCGAAGUAUUUGAGCGGCGGUCAGAAGAGGAAGUUGUCCGUGGGUAUCGCCAUUAUUGGCGAUCCGAAAAUUAUCAUUCUCGACGAACCGACCGCUGGUGUAGAUCCUUACUCCAGAAGACAGAUGUGGUCCUUCUUGCAAUCCCGUCGUCACGGGAAGGUGAUAUUGUUAACCACGCAUUUCAUGGACGAGGCUGACAUAUUGGCGGACAGGAAGGCGGUGAUCAGCAAAGGGAAAUUACGGUGUUGCGGUAGUUCGUUGUUCUUGAAGAACAAAUUCGGUAUUGGAUAUCAUUUAACAUUGGUACUAGAAGGGAACGCGAGAGAGCACGCUAUUAACAGAUUGGUCACUUCACACGUGUCGAAGGCUGAGAAGGCGAGACGUCACGGCCGGGAACUGAGCUUCAUUCUGCCCCAUAAUUCCGUGGAGAAUUUCGCCCCGUUGUUCUCCGCCAUAGAACACGAGAUCAAAACCAGAUCGAGUAGAUUGGGGAUCAGUAGUUACGGGGUGUCGAUGACCACGCUAGAGGAGGUGUUCCUGCAUCUUGAGAAAGACGAGGGCACAGAAUGUACCAUGGACAAUUUAUCGAAGAAAAUGGUACGGAAUCGAGCGUUGAGCAGGUCGUUGUCGUUGCAGUCGAAGAGCACGUCUUACCAGAGCUUGCAGAACGAAGGCGUCACCGUCCAGAACGACGGUCAAGCGAAAGGCGCAGGCGAUCUGCCGGACGGCGUUCAUAAUGAUCGAAAUCCUCCUGUCCUCGGCCUCGGAUUAGACCCCAUAAAGAUCCGGCCUAACUUCAUACAGACCCUAUACGCUAUGCUUCGCCUAAGGAUACUCAGGCUCUUCAGGAACAUUCAGUUACUCUACUUCACCAUCGUUGCUCCACUUCUCCUGAUUGCUCUUAGCCUUCAUUUAAACAGAAUUCGGACUGUUGAGAUCAAGAUGCAGUCAUUAAAAUUGGACAAUGAUACCUACGGCGAGGAGACGAAACUUUUGUACACUAACCAUACCGAUCACGAUAUAAGCGACUUAAUCGAUGGAAUAGCUCAGGAUAUACGAUACAUUGAAGAAUACAAUGGAGAUUUCGCUAAUUUAUCGAAAGUCGCACCGCACAUGGCUGUUUUCAGUAUUAACAAAUACAGCGAAGGGAAAAUUGAUUUGACUGUCGCUUAUAACGACACUAUGCAACACUCCCUACCGAUUUUGAUAAAUUCGUUAUCCAACACGUAUUACAGGUUGCUCUCGGAUAAAGAAGAUUUGGAGCCAAUAGGGGUGAAAACUCAUCCUUUCCAACAGACUUCUCAACCGCAGGAAUUCAAUAUUGGCACAGCCAGCUCUGCUGGGCUUAUCGGAAUGAAUUUCGUUCUUUUGCCGAUAGUCUUAGUCGUGGACAUGGUCUACGAUCGAGAGAUAAAAGCGAAGAAUCAACUACGUGUGAAUGGUCUGACGUUUUCGAUGUACUUCCUGACCUACUUUAUCGUACUUGUCAGCCUGAUAACGUUCAUCUGUCUCUGUAUACUCGGCAUCAUAUUCCUCUUCGAUGUGCCUUCGCUUCAAGAGAUACCAGCGCUCAUCACCCUUGGCGGUCUUUUAAUGCUUUAUUGCCCGGCAUCCAUUCUGUUCUCCACGUGUCUGAGUUACAUGUUCGACAAGAUGGAUUCUGCACAGAGUAUUCUACCCAAUAUUGUUACCUUCUUCGGGCUCAUACCCUUUAUACUAGUUACGAGUCUCGAUAUGCUCGGUCUUAGUGGAACAGCUGCAUUCAUUCUGCACGUAAUCUUCUCUUUAUUAAACACAUUGUAUGUGCCGUAUGCUGCGGUGUAUUAUGUAGAACGAGUCCACCUAAUGUGCUCCAUCAACGCCGCUUGCCAUCAUCUAACUAUGUCCGAUUAUUUGACCACGGAAAUAAUUAUAAUGGCCUUUGGAGUGCUUCUGCACUUCCCGGUGUGGUUCUUUAUACUUUUGUUAUUGGAUAUCAAAAAGAGCGGUGGCAACGUCAGCGACAUAUUCAAGCAUUUUCUGCGUAACGGAGGCUCCAUAGGCGAGGAAAUAAUGGAGAACACUGAUAUUGGCGAACAUGAGGACUCGGAUGUUAAAGCCGAGAGGCAGAAAGUUUUUAAUCUCAUUACUUCAUCGUCCGUUCAGGAACCGCCUGUAGUUCUGGUACAGAAUUUGAGGAAGGAGUACCGACAUCGAGAGUCAGGCUCCUGUAGUUGUUGCUCUAAACAAGAGGAGGAGGUCAGUCAAAAACAACGAAAAGUCGCCGUGAGAAAUCUCUCGUUGGCGGUGGAACCAGGAGAGGUAUUCGGUUUACUGGGUCACAAUGGCGCUGGUAAAACUACAACAAUGAAAAUUAUCAUAGCGGAGGAGGCGGCCACUCGGGGCAGGGUUCAGAUCGGCGGUAACAAUAUUCAUUCCCAUAUGACGGAGGCUUUCAGACAGAUGGGAUAUUGUCCGCAACACGAUGCUCAGUGGAAGAACAUCACUGUCCGGGAACAUUUAGAGUGUUACGCCGCUAUACGCGGUGUACCGUGGGGAGAUAUCGGCCGAAUCGUAGACCUGUAUCUGUCCGGUCUACAAAUUCACGAGCAUGCUGACAAGCAAACGCAGGAAUGCUCCGGUGGGACAAGAAGGAAACUCAGUUUCGCGAUGGCAAUGAUAGGUGGUCCAAAAGUCGUUUUAAUGGACGAGCCCAGUACAGGGAUGGAUCCUAGGUCGAAAAGAUUUUUAUGGGAUACGAUCCUCGCCAGCUUCCAGGGUGGCAGAGGGGCAAUUUUAACGACGCAUUCGAUGGAGGAAGCCGAUGCUUUGUGCUCAAGGGUGGGUAUAAUGGUGAAGGGAGAGAUGAGGUGUAUUGGAUCUACCCAACAUCUGAAGAAUCUUUACGGUGCUGGAUACACCCUUGAGAUGAAACUUCUGGGCGGUGAUUGUACACCCACGACACCUUCCGGCGACCGGAUUACGGGUCUGAAAGAGUUCGUUUCGAGCCUGUUCCCGGACGCCACCCUGGAGGAAAGUUUCGCCGACAGAUUAGUAUUCGGCGUUCCCCAACACGCAGUCAACUCGCUGGCCGAGUGCUUCACGCAGUUGGAGAAAGCGAAGCUCGAGCUGGACAUUGAAGAGUACAGCUUCAGCCAAACCACUCUGGAGCAAGUUUUUCUGAAAUUUUCGCACUACGACGAAUCGAAUUCGGGAGAAUCAUGACUCACAGGGAGUGUGUUUAUUCGAAUGUAUUACACAGUGAAAUACUCGUGGGACUGUUCAAGUGUAAACGAAUCGAGAAUAGUGAUAUCUGUUCGUUAAUGUUCCGUUGUGUAUACUGUCGGGAAUCGGUAAAGACAGAAUGAUCUCUGCGCUCGUAAGUAUCAAGAACGUUCUGAUAACAAAGAAGUUUCACGUUACCGUUCGGUGCAGACUUUGCAGUUACAUUAUUCCUGUUUUGAACCCGACGAUCCUGUAAGUCGUAAGUGAACAAAAGAAAAAAAAAAGAAUCGUACUAUGUUUACGAUAUACGUCGAUCGACCUAACACUGAGAGAAAGAGAGAGAGAGAGAGAGAGAGAGAGAGAGAGAGAGAGACACGAGUUAAAUGGUACAUCUUUUCUUUUACGUGCCGAUGUUCUACAUUGUUAUGUUCGUCAGAAUUAUACAGUGACUUCCUGAAGUGAUUAUGUCGUGGGAUAUGAAAUAAACAUACAUGUAAAGUUAACGACUUGUAAAUAACGGAGACUGUGAAUGAUAUCUCCUAACGUCAGCAGAAGUGAUAAAAUAAUACUAUUCAACACUGCAGAUUUUCGAAUUGUAUUGUAAUCUAGUCUAUUAUUCGAUUCCUAGGAAUAGGUCUCGCGAAUUAAUAUUGCUGUGGAAUUGGAACGUUUAUUAUCAUCGAUUAUAAAUACACGAAGCAUCCGUUGACAGGGAAAACAGAGAAUAAGAAUCUCCAGACCGGUAUUAAAUACUUUUUAAACGCAGUGAACUCUAAAUGGACUACCUAUGUAUGUGCAUUGGUGAACGUAAACAUGUACAGGACUCUUUGUCUAAGUAAACAUUUAUAAUUGCUCGAGAUUA